AUGCAUAUGACGAAGCAAUGCGCGGAGUUGACGCUGAGGUCUUAUGUUGGGACGGUCAAUACUGGGAGGCCCAAUCCCAAUCACGUCAUUCCGCAAACUGCUGCUGGGGCUAUGAACUCAUUGAUAGCAGCGGCGAAGGAGGCUUCGGUCAAACAAUUUGUGUAUGAUUCGUCCGUUGCGACUGUGGCAAUGCCAAUGUCAGAUGCACCAUUCCACAUCGGCGAGAACGACUCGGAAUGA